GAUUCAUACUAAAUAGUUGAAUUCAGAUAUUAUUCGAUUUUAAACGGGCGGAUACUGCUCCGGUGAACGGGUUCCUACCGUGGGUCUACCCGUCCGCCACCGAAGUGGAUGCUCAUGCACUGAUCACGCCUCGGUAUUCCUGUCCCAACCGCACUCGCAGGUGAAAUCUCUCUGUGUCAGAAGAAGAAGAAGAAGAAGGAGAAACAGACUCGGAACGACGACGUUUCUCCUUCUUCUCUCCUCGGAAACCCUAAUCCUUGCUUCCCAUGGCGGAAUCCCAGAACUCUCCUCCCCAGCGUACGAUCCCUCCGUACAUGAAGGCGAUCUCCGGCUCCAUCGGAGGGGUCAUGGAGGCGUGCUGCCUGCAACCAAUCGACGUCAUAAAGACGCGAUUGCAGCUCGACCGCUCCGGCUCUUACCGCGGAAUUUUUCACUGCGGCGCCACUAUCACUCGCACGGAGGGCGUGCGGGCCCUCUGGAAGGGCCUCACCCCCUUCGCUACUCACCUAACCCUAAAAUACGCUCUCCGCAUGGGCUCCAACGCAGUUCUUCAGGGCGCGUUCAAGGACUCUGAGACCGGAAAACUCAGUCACCAGGGUCGGGUUCUCGCCGGGUUCGGGGCGGGCGUUCUCGAAGCUCUCGUUAUCGUUACGCCAUUUGAGGUAGUGAAAAUUAGGCUGCAGCAACAAAGAGGAUUGAGUCCUGAGCUUCUGAAGUAUAAGGGUCCUGUACACUGUGCCAGAAUGAUCAUUCGAGAAGAAGGCCUCCUCGGGCUGUGGGCAGGGGCUGCCCCAACUGUAAUGCGCAAUGGCACAAACCAGGCUGCUAUGUUUACAGCCAAGAAUGCUUUCGACGUAAUCUUGUGGAAGAAACACGAAGGCGAUGGAAAAGUCCUCCAACCAUGGCAGUCAAUGAUAUCAGGCUUUCUUGCAGGAACGGCUGGCCCUGUGUGCACUGGCCCUUUUGAUGUCGUAAAAACAAGGCUGAUGGCUCAGAGUCGAGCUGGGGGUGAACUGAAGUACAAAGGCAUGGUCCAUGCAAUCAGAACAAUAUAUGCUGAGGAAGGGCUGCUUGCCCUGUGGAAGGGACUGCUGCCCCGGCUGAUGAGGAUCCCGCCUGGCCAGGCUAUCAUGUGGGCAGUGGCUGAUCAAAUAACUGGUUUCUAUGAGAGAAGAUACAUUCACAGUGUACCCUUGUGAGUCGCAUCGUUCUUUUUUUUUUUUCGGCUUUUGCUGGCUCUCGACACAAGGGAAAGCUUGUCUUGAAAUUUUUUUGCUCUCCAUUCUUGCUUGCUUUCUUUGGGGUUCCUUUAAAAGCGCGUUGAUUCUUGAGGCCAUCCAAAUAAUGCUGCGGUGAUGAAGCAAGAUAUGAUCAAAAUUUUCCCUAGUUUUGCCCUUUACUCCCUUAAUUAGGUUGUUUUGCAUGUCAAUUGUGAUGGGAGCUGCCUCAGAAUUGAAGGAGACUCCGCAGCAGUGCUUCCUGAGGGAGUUUCGGAACCCUAUCGUUUUCCCCUUGUUUUUUUUUGUUUGUCAAUCUCUAAAGAGACGAUUGGAAUCCAUUGUACCAUUCAAAUGAAGUGUUUGGGAUGAUGACUUAUAAAAUGUAGGUUAUAUCAAA